AUGAGGAACACGCCGCGUGUGGCACUGAAAGUUCAGCCGCAUAGAGGGCGCCGGCGCUCCGGCCAGGUGUGCCUGCCCCGCGGCCUGCCCUCCAGCCCGGGCGAGGACGAGAGCCGGCCCAGGCCGUGGGCGCAGAGCCCUGGCGGGGCCGAGGACGCUCUGGGAAGCAGCCUGAGAGCCCACGGCGGCCGUGCCACCAAGCACACACCUGAGAAGCGGCUCGGGCCCGUUCGGAGGAAAAGAAGCAUCGAGGAGGCCGUCCCUGCCGUCUGCAAGACCAGGACGGUCAUCUACGAGAUACCUCGGAGCCAGGUCGACCCCACGUCUGCCAACUUCCUGAUCUGGCCGCCGUGCGUGGAGGUGAGGCGCUGCACCGGCUGCUGUAACACCAGCAGCGUCAAGUGCCAGCCGUCCCGCGUGCAGCACCGGAGCGUCAAGGUGGCCAAGGUGGAGUACGUGAGGAAGAAGCCGAAGCUGAAGGAAGUGCAGGUGAGGCUGGAAGAGCACCUGGAGUGCGCGUGCGCGGCCGCCAGCCCGGGCCCGGGCCACCGCGAGGAGGAGACGGAUGUGAGGUGAGGACAAGCGGGUAGCCCUCUCCCGGGACACGGCGCACGUGGCGUGUUACAUUCCUGAACCUACUAUGUACGGUGCUCACUGCCGGCGUGCGGUCUUUGUCCUCCUCUGUGGAACACUGUCUCCGUGGGCACUCUGGGGAACAGAGACACUACACGUCGUCUGAGGCGACCUCGAGCGAGUGUUGUGGCGCUCGGCGGGACAGCGACCGGCUUCCUGGUUGGACAGAGCCACGCCGCGGCCACACGGACUCUCGGACGGACGCCGGAGCGGCUGCGG